AUGGUAAGCAAAAUUAGUUAAUAGAAUUACUAUUAAUAUAGAGAUAACAAUCACUUUAGAAGAAUCUUGAAUUAAUUUAAUAUUUUGUUACUUUUUCUUCUACUCGCAAAUAUUAAAGUAUUCCCUAUUUUAAGUACAGCAUUAAAGCCUUCAUUUGGCUUAGCCAAUAGAUUGCCUUUUGAUUUAGCAAAAUGCAAGAUUAACCCUUAUAUUUUAGGAUUUAGUUUGACAUAUAGAUAGCAAUUUGGAUUUGCAAAUGUAGCACUUCCCUCAUUCAAUUACAAUAUUCAUGAAAAAAUAAAAAAGGCACUUGAAUCUCAAAAUAUUUUCACACCAUCACCUAUAUAAGAUUUAGCAAUACCAGCUUUACUCAACCAAAAUCAUAAUAAUUUCUUCUUGGCUGCAUAAACUGGUACUGGAAAGACCUUAGCUUAUCUCAUUCCUAUUAUUUCAUAAUUUAAAAAGCUUGAAGAAGCCAAUCAUAAUUAAAGAUUAACAACCCCUAAUAGACCAAGUAUAAUAAUUAUAGUGCCCACAAAAGAAUUAGCCAAUUAGUUAGAAGACGAAUGCAAAAAAUUAAUCCAUUUUGCUAAAUUUACUUGUCUAGGAGUAAAUAAUUCAAAAGUAUUUAUGAGAGAGAAAAAAGCACUUGAUGAAGGAGUAGAUGUGUUGAUAGGUACUCCCGAUAGAAUUGAGCGUCAUAGAGAAAAAGGAAACUUAUUCUUAAGCAAUGUUUCUUACUUCGUUGUUGAUGAAGCAGAUACUUUCUUAGAUUCUGGAUAUAAGGAAGUAAUUGAAACUUACAUAAAGACAAUAACUCAUAGGCAAGAAUAAAUAAAAGAGGGUAAUUAUAGCAAAAAUAUUCCAAAAAUGAUCUUCGUAAGUGCAACUUAUACUGGAUAAUUAAGAUUACUCUUCGAAUCAUCCUUUGAUAAUUUCAAAAAAAUAAAACUAAUUAUUGAUAAAAAGACUCAUAUGAAUUUGUAGCAUAUUGAGCAUGAAUUUAUUCAUUGUCAAGGCAUAGAUAAAAAAGAACCUAUCACUAAAUUAUUAAAAGAAAUUAUGCCAAAGGCUUAAAAGCAAGAUGGCAGUAUAAUGAUAUUUUGUAAUAGUAUUCCUUCAUGCAGAUCAUUAGAUUAUACUUUAUCUGAGGAAGGAUAUGAUGUAGUUAGUUUCCAUGGUGAUAUUCCUAAGAGAUUAAGAAUACAAAAUUUUGAUAGAUUUAAGUCAAGAGAAUCAAAAAUUAUGAUUUGCACUGACUUAGCUUCUAGAGGUCUUGACUUCCCUUUUCUAACUCAUGUUGUUAAUUAUGAUUUCCCAAUAACAACUUCUGACUAUUUGCAUAGAGCAGGAAGAACUGGCAGAGCAGGACGUAAGGGAAGUGUGAUCAGUUUAUAUCAUAAUAAAGAUAAUAAUAUUAUAAAUGAACUCAAGAAGUCUCAUGAUAAUAAAAUUCCAGUGAAUAUUAAGGGUUCUUAAUACGCAACAAUUAAUAAAGAAGUGCUUCAGAGAUUAAAAUAAAAAUCAGAAGAAAGUAGUGAAUUAAAUAAAUAUGAAUAGUUGAAAUAGAAGUUGAUUGAAGACUCUAAAAAAGCUUAGCUAAUUCCUUAUGUUCCCAAAUCGUAUAUAGAAUUUAAGAGUAAUUAUGAGAAUGGUAAACUUAUUACAGCAGCUAAAAAGGGCAACUCUGAUUUAAAGAAAUAAUUGAAAAAUUAUAUCCCAGAAAUAAAUAGAGAUAAAGAGUAGCUUAAAGAGUUAGAAUCAUAAGUAAAGGGAGUUAAAAAGAAAUAUAAAUUGCUUAAUUAAAAUAGAUUUAAAGAUCUUAAAGGGCGUAUUCGCGCUCUAAAGAGAAACAUACAAGUUAAGUAAUUAAAAGAAAAAGGUUAACUACAUGUCCUAAGAAAACAUAAAUUAAUAGAAUCAAAUUUAAAGAGAUAAACCAGAGUUAGAAAGCAAAAGGCUAGAGAGCAAUAUGCUCCUAAAAAAUGA